AGUGACGUCAAAACACUCUUGACUGUUGAGGGGAGAAGGCUUGAGAAAGGAAAACAGAAAGAGAAGGUGGAGGAGAAGACUUAAAGAUAUUGGAGGCCUUUCUAAGGAAGCAGGCUGUACAACAAGACUUAUCCCUUGGCGCAUGAGAAUCUCGAGGAAGUGUGAGAGGGAAGGAACUGUAAUACAGCACAACAAAGCUAUGGACAGUGACUUGAGAAGGUCCCAUUCAGGGUGCACUUGUUUGCUCUAUUUCAUCAUAACGUAUUCAUCCAAUUUAUGAUGGAGUGGCUUGGAUGUUCCUGUUUGCUACUCGGUGUGUUACUGUGGCCGAGCAGCACACAGAACAUUGUACCUGGCACAGCUCUGAACUGUUGUAAGGGGGAUAUCCUGCUCCUGUUGGAUUCUUCAGGAAGUGUGUCAUCCUACGAGUUCUCUCGCCUGCUGCACUUCCUGUCCGAGCUGCUCCUCCCCUUCUCUCUGGGGCGGGGCCAGGUGAGGGCAGGGCUGCUGCAGGUGGGCACUGAGCCACACCUGGAGUUUGGUCUGGACGCCCACAGCACCCAGCCUGGCCUGCAGGGGGCACUGCAUAGGACCAGGCAACUCCAGGGGGACACCAACACAGAGGCUGCACUCAGACAGGCCCAGGGGCUGCUAGCCAGAGCUGGGGCUGGGGAUGAGUUGGAGCUCCCCAAAGUGCUGGUGUGGCUAACGGAUGGGGUACAGCCGGGCAUGGUGGAUGGACCAAUGGCAGAGCUGAGAAGGGCGGGUGUGUCUCUGUUGGCUGUCUCUACGGGACACGGGAACUACCAGGUGCUGCAGAGGGUGGUGACCCCGCCCAUCGAGUCCCACCUGUACUUUGUGGACAUUGAUGACAUAAGUAUCAUCACAGAGGACCUGAGGGAGGCCAUCAUUGAGCUGAUCUGCGUUGAGCGCCUGAGGGUGGUACAGGUGUCCUCCCACAGUGCCGUGCUGCAGUGGUGUCCUGUACUCGGAUCCAACACAGAUUUCUACAGCUUUUUACACUACAGCUCUGUUCUGCCAGGUGGUGGGGAGGGUCAGCCUAACGGCGGGGCCAGCAGUGGGGGGCAGUACCACAGACGGACCCUCCCCGGGGACGCCAGCUGGGUGGAGCUGAGGGGCCUGCAGCCAGACACCAUCUACACUGCCUCCCUCACCCCCAACUCCCAGUCCAACCAUGAUUAUCUCAACACUCUCAGUGUCACCUUCACUACACAACCCGAGGUGUUGAGCCCAGCGGUGGUCACAGUGACAGACUCAGGUCCUGACAGGGUGCGAGUGAGCUGGGGUCCUUUGCAAACUGAGCAUGUCCAACGGUACCAGAUAGAGUACGGAGCUCUACCCAGUGGGCAGGUCCACACGGUUAGGCUACAUGGACAUCAGAACUCCACUCUGCUCACUGGUCUAGAGCCAGACACACAGUACCUAGUUACUGUCAGCGCCCUGUACUCCACAGGCAAAGAGAAGGCCAUGUCUGUCAAGGCCUGCACUCAGGAGGUGCUGCCUGCCCUGGCUGACCUCCAGCUGACCCCAGUGGGGCGUGAUACGGUGGAGGUCCGGUGGUGGGGCCACGAUGAGGGGCUGAGGGGGUACUGGCUCAACUGGGAGAGGGUUGAGACCCAGAGCCCCUCCCGCCCUGCAUUCUCCUGCCUAUACCUGCCCCCUGGCUCCCUGUCCACACUGCUCACACACCUGGCCCCCAGCAGCAGAGUGUGUGUGUCCCCUGUCUACCGCAUGGCCCAGGGAUUGGGGCUCUGCUGCACCGCAUGCACACAAACAGGUCUGAUACUGCGCGCACACAUACCAGGGUUGGGCUCAAUUCAGAAUUUUGGAAUUGGUUCCCAUUCAACUCAUGAGUUACAUUUAAAUUAAAUUGGCCACACUCCACAGGAUGUAGACAUUGAAUUUGAGUGACAGGAAGUAGAAUUUAAUUCAGUGCUAUUCAAAUUCAGUGCUAUUCAAAGACAUUCCAAUGUCAUAGAACAUGAGAGUGUCAUUAAAAUGAGAGAGAGUGCAAAUCUGUCAUCAAGGCAAAGGGUGGCUACUUUGAAAAAUCUCAAAUGUAACAUUUUGAUUUGUUUAACACUUUUCUGGUUACUACAUGAUUCCAGAUGUGUAUUUCGUAGUUUUGAUGUCUUCACUAUCAUUUUACAAUGUAGAAAAUAGUAAAAAACAAAGAAAAACCCUGGAAUGAGUAGACCUGGGAAGGGUACUAAAACAUUUCUGCAGCAUUGAAGGUCCCAAAAAACACUGUGGCCUCCAUUAUUCUUAAAUGGAAGAAGUUUGGAACCACCAAGACUCUUCCUAGAGCUGGCCGCUUGGCCAAACUGAGCAAUCAGGGGAGAAGGGCCUUGGUCAGGGUGACCAAGAACCCAAUGGUCACUCUGACAGAGCUCCAGAAGGACAACCAUCUCUGCAGCACUCCACCAAUCAGGCCUUUAUGGUAGAGUGGCCAGAUGGAAGCCACUCCUCAGUAAAAGGCACAUGACAGCCCGCUUGGAGUUUGCCAAAAGGCACCUAAAGGACUCUCAGACCAUGAGAAACAAGAUUCUCUGGUCUGAUGAAACCAAGAUUGAACUCUUUGGCCUGCCAAGCUUCACGUCUGGAGGUAACCUGGCACCAUCCCUACGUUAAGCAUGGUGGUGGCAGAAUCAUGCUGUGGGGAUGUUUUUCAGCGGCAGGGACUGGGAGACUAGUCAGGAUUGAGGGAAAGAUGGACGGCGAAAAGUACAGUUCCUUGAUGAAAACCUGCUCCAGAGUGCUCAGGACCUCAGACUGGGGCUAAGGUUCACCUUCCAAUAAGACAACAACCCUAAUCACACAGCCAAGGCAACGUGGGAGUGGCUUCGGGACAAGUCUCUGAACAUCUCUGGAGAGACGUGAAAGUAGCUGUGCAGCGAUGCUCCCAAUCCAACCUGACAGAGAUUGAGAGGAUCUGCAUUGAAGAAUGGGAGAAACUCCCCACAUACAGGUGUGCCAAGUUUGUAGCGUCAUACCCCAAAAUAAUCCAGGCUGUAAUCGCUGCCAAAGGUGGUUCAACAAAGUACUGAGUAAAGGGUCUAAAUACUUAUGUAAAUGUGAUAUUUGUACAAUGUACAAAUUACCUCAACUAACCUGUACCCCCGCACACUGACUCGGUACCGGUACCCCCUGUAUACAGCCUCGUUAUUGUUAUUUUAUUGUGUUUUUUGUUUGUUUAUUUGGUAAAUAUUUUCGAAACUCUUCUUGAACUGCACAGUUGGUUAAGGGCUUGUAAAUAAGCAUUUCAAGGCAAGUUUUUACCUGUUGUAUUCGGCGCAUGUGACAAAUAAAGUUUAAAUUUGGUAUUUCACUUUUUUUAGGGAUUAGCAAACAUUUCUAAAAACCUGUUUUUGCUUUGUCAUCGUGGAUAUUGUGUGUAGAUUGAUAAGGUGGAAAAGUGAUUUAAUACAUUUAAAAUAAGGUUGUAAUGUAACAAAAUGUGGAAAAAGUCAAGGGGUCUGAAUAAUUUCAGAAUGCACUGUAAUGAAUUAUGCUAAAUGAGGCAAAUAUAACUUGUCUGUGUUUUGCCGUAUAUACAGUAAGACAACUGUUGGGACUGCCCCAGCAGAGCUUCUGACAGAUGUUCACUAUGGUGCAUUACUUUUGUUGGAACAUCUCCAGCUCACUGAUAAUAAACAAUGAUUAAUUUAAGAUUGACUUUGAGUAUCUUUGUUUAAGAAUUACUACGACAGAAGAUUAUGCCGUCAUGUCAUAAGGAAGACACGUUCUGGGUCAGCUGGGUCAAGAUAAAGAGUUGUAGCUUCACCAUAUAGGUGAUGUAAUCCAAAUGGAUGGAUUCCAUUUCUCUGAUUCCAAUUAGAAGGAUAGCCACUGACAGGGAGAGAUGAAUAAGGGUGAAAAGGAGGAGGGGUGGAUGGAGGGAAAAAGAAGACAACUGCAUAUUUUUUAUCUCCCAUCAUCCAUGUCACAUCGGCAUUUCUGGAAGAAAAAAAUAUACAGCAUUGGGAGAAACUCACCACAUACAGGUGUGCCAAGUUUGUAGCGUCAUACCCCAAAAUAAUCCAGGCUGUAGACAUCGCUGCCAAAGGUGCUUCAACAAAGUACUGAGUAAAGAGGAGGAGAAAAGGACUGGCAACCCCACAUAUGCUCUCUCUAAUUCUCUCUUUCUUUCUCUCUCUCGGAGGACCUGAGCCCUAGGACCAUGCCCCAGGACCACCUGACAUGAUGACUCCUUGCUGUCCCCAGUCCACCUGACCGUGCUGCUGCUCCAGUUUCAACUGUUCUGCCUUAUUAUUAUUCUACCAUGCUGGUCAUUUAUGAACAUUUGAACAUCUUGGCCAUGUUCUGUUAUAAUCUCCAAACGGCACAGCCAGAAGAGGACUGGCCACCCCACAUAGCUUGGUUCCUCUCUAGGUUUCUUCCUAUGUUUUGGCCUUUCUAGGGAAUUUUUCCUAGCCACCGUGCUUCUACACCUGCAUUGCUUGCUGUUUGGGGUUUUAGGCUGGGUUUCUGUACAGCACUUUGAGAUAUCAGCUGAUGUACGAAGGGCUAUAUAAAUAAAUUUGAUUUGAUUUUGAUUUGCAUAUACAGUUCAUGAAUAAAAGGUGAAAAUGUACUUUCUCACACAA